AGGUCCUCGCCCACAGCCACGCCCUCUGUGUCUGGCGUCUCCCUGAGCCUAGUUCCGACCCCAGAAACUAGUCUCUGCUCACCCACCGCCCAUGGGUCACUCCCGGCUCCCGCUCGCCUGGAUCACCACCUCUGCCCCGAGCCCCCAAGAUUCUCGCUCUCCGCGGUGGGCAGCCCGUGACCGGAAGCCCGUGUGGAGCCGCCAGCCCGAGACCGGAAGUAGGAGCGCGGGGAGGCGCCGCGGAGGCUGCCGUGGCGGCUGGCUUCGUGGUGUGUGCUCGGUCUUCUCUGGGUGGGACGGCGUCCACGUGGUACGGUUGGCCGCAGUGCGAGGGGAGGACGCGCUCAGUGACUGUGACUCUUCCUAACUACAAAUUGGGUGCCUGGUGGGGAGAAAGGAGCCAUCCUCCACCUGCAGCAGACUGCAUUGUGGGAGUAAGAAGAGAAGCUUCCUGGUUUUUCCAUUGCUCUGUUGUUUAGGAAAAUUUACUGGCUGAAUCAUAGGAUCUUGUCAUGGUUCUAUUCCCCACCUCUGUUCAGUCUUCCCUGUAUCCAACACCCCCUCAAAAAGGAUGCACAGAGGAGGAAGGGUUUGUUAAUGGCUUCCUGACAAGCUGGUUACCGGACAUGGUGACCUUCAAGGAUGUGGCCGUAGAGUUUACCCAAGAAGAGUGGGCAUUGCUGGAACCUUCUCAAAAAACACUGUACAAAGAUGUGAUGCUGGAGAACUGCAGGAACCUGGCAUCGCUUGGGUAUCAUGUUGAUAAACUCAGCCUAAUCUCUCAGUUGGGGCAAGAAGACAAGGUGAUGACAGAAGAAAGAGGAAUUCUCCCAGGCAUUUGUUCAGAUGUGGAGACUAUACUUAAAGCCAAAUGGUUAACACCUAAGAAGCAUGUUUUUAGGAAAAAACGUUCUAAUGGUGUAAAAGCGGAAAGAAAUCAUGUUGGAAUGAAACUUAAUGAAUGUAAUCAGUGUUUUAAAGUCUUCAGCACAAAAUCUAACCUUACUCAGCACAAGAGAAUUCAUACUGGAGAAAAACCUUAUGACUGUAAUCAAUGUGGAAAAUCUUUCAGCAGUAGAUCUUAUCUUACUAUUCAUAAGAGAAUACAUAAUGGGGAGAAACCUUAUGAAUGCAAUGACUGUGGGAAAGCCUUCAAUGAUCCCUCAUCCCUCAGACUGCAUGUAAGAAUUCACACUGGAGAAAAACCUUAUGAAUGUAACCAGUGUUUUCAUGUUUUCCGUACUAGUUGUAACCUCAAAAGCCACAAGAGAAUUCAUACGAGAGAGAAUCAUCAUGAAUGUAAUCUGUGUGGAAAGGCCUUCAGCACAAGGUCCUCUCUGACUGGGCACAAUAGUAUCCAUACAGGGGAGAAGCCUUAUGAGUGCCAUGAUUGUGGGAAAACCUUCAGAAAGAGCUCCUAUCUGACACAGCAUAUGAGAACUCAUACUGGAGAAAAACCCUAUAUGUGUAAUCAGUGUGGCAAAUCCUUCAGCAGUAGCUUUUCUCUUACUGUGCACAAAAGAAUUCAUACUGGAGAGAAACCCUAUGAAUGCAGUAACUGUGGAAAAGCUUUUAAUAAUCUCUCGGCUGUUAAGAAACAUGUGAGAACUCACACUGGAGAAAAACCCUAUGAAUGUAACCAUUGUGGAAAGUCUUUCACCACUAAUUCUUACCUUUCUGUGCAUAAGAAAAUACAUAAUAGGUGGAUUUGAAUACAGUAACUGGGAAAGCAUUCAUUGAUUUUUUAAUCCCUCAGACAACUUGUGGUAACUCAUGCCAGGUGUUAGAGUUACCUGUUGCUGCCUAGCCAAUUUCCCUCCAAAACAUAGUGGCCUCAAACAACAAACACUUAUUAUCUCACAAUUUCUGAAAGUCAGAAGUUCAUAAAUGGCUUAAUUUUGUAGUUCUGGCUCAAUGUCUCUCAUGAGGGUCAAGAUUGUCAUCAGAAGCUACAAUCAUCUGUAUUUUUACUGCUGAAGAGUCUUUUCUAAAAUGGCUGACUCACAUGCCUGGAAAGUUAGUGCUGGAUGUUGCCAGGGAACCUUCAUUUCCUCACCAUGUAGGAUUUUCCAUGGGCCUGAGCAUUUUUAUGUGUAGCACCAGGUUUCCUCCAAAGCAUCUGAUCUGAGGGAGAGCUAAUGCCGAAGCCAUGUUGUCUUUUAUAAUCUAGCCUUGGAAGGGCAUGUUAUCACUUCCAUAUUGUAUUGGACACACAGAUCAAUCCUGAUACAGUGUGGAAGAAGCCUACACAAGGAGUGUAUACCAGGAGAGAGAGAUCCUUGGGAAACAUCUGAGAUGCUUGUCAUGAACUCAGUGAAGAAAGGCCUUCAGCUUUCCACAUUGAUUUGAUAUGAAGUAUCAUUGAGCAACUCUCGGGUUAAUUCACUCUGGAGAAAAACCUUAUGAGUGCAAUCUUUGUGGAAAGCUUUCAGCUCAAACUCACCUUAAUGUGCCCAGUACAUGUGAUAAAUCAGUACAGAGAAAUACUCAUAUAAGGAAUGUGAAAACCCCACAGCACAUUCAUUACUGAGAAAACAAUGGUGAGGUACUCUGAGUGCAACAGUAAAGCCUUAAUGUUCUCUCAGUUUUUGAGAGAGAUGAGGAUUUAUUCUGGGGAGAAAGUCCUCUUAAAUGUAAUCAGUACUGGAAAGUCUUCCAUUUUUCCCAUUCUUAGGAAACUGAGAACUCACUGCACAGAAUAUAAAGAUUGAGGGAAUGCCUUUAAUGAUACCCUUUACAUUAGGAAAAAUAUUAAAUACUCCCUGGAUGCAAAACCUGUCAGUGUAUUAAUUUUGGAAGAUCUUUCCAUGAUUCCUGUCUUUGUUGACUUGUGAGGAUUCACAGUAGAGGGAGACCCUAGGAAUGUAAUCGGUAUGAGGAUGGCUCAGCCUCACCUCUUCACGGAGUAGCCACAAAAUAAUUUAAACUGGGAAUGGAAAAUGUAAACCUUAAGAGUGUGGUAUAUUACCUUUAACAGUGUCUAAUCCUUAGGUUGGUCCAUUAUUUAUUUAUUUUCAGUUGUUUUAGUAUAAACAUUUAUGUCCAUAGCUAUACCCUAAAAUAAACCUGAAGUUUUAUUCCAUA